GGAAUUCGAGCCUACGAGCAGCUUGGGAAGAGGGCAUUUGGGCACGGGGGGAAAAUACUGGCAGCUGUGGUCAUUACAAUGCACAACAUCGGAGCGAUGUCCAGCUACCUCUUCAUCGUGAAAUACGAGCUGCCACUGGUCAUGCAGGCUUUCAUGGGCCUACAGUCUGACAAUGGGGAGUGGUUUCUGAAUGGGAAUAAUCUGAUCAUCAUAGUCAGCAUCAUCGUAAUACUGCCUCUGGCCCUCAUGAGGCAGCUGGGGUACCUUGGCUACACCAGUGGGUUCUCUCUCACCUGCAUGGUGUUCUUCCUCAUAUCGGUAAUAUAUAAGAAGUUUAACAUCCCCUGUCCGAUGGAAACCCAUGGGAAUCACUCCAUCAACAGCAGUGUGGUGGAGGAGUGCACGGGGAAAUUAUUCACCAUCAACCAGCAGACGGCCUACACCAUCCCUAUCCUGGCAUUCGCCUUCGUGUGCCACCCUGAGGUGCUGCCAAUCUACACCGAGCUACGCAACGCCACCAAGAAGCGCAUGCAGGCAAUCGCCAACAUCUCCAUCCUCGGGAUGUUCGUGAUGUACCUCCUCACCGCCAUCUUUGGCUAUCUCACCUUCUACUCUAGCGCGGAGGCGGAGCUCUUGCACACGUACAGUAAGGUGGACCCUCUGGAUAAGCUGGUGCUGUGCGUGCGUGUGGCAGUGCUGGUGGCCGUAACCCUCACUGUCCCUGUGGUCCUCUUCCCGAUACGCAGAGCUCUGCUUCAGCUCCUGUUUCCUGAGAAGCCCUUCCACUGGGCGCGGCACAUUGGCAUUGCCGUCUCGCUCCUCUUCGUGGUCAACCUCCUCGUCAUCUUCGUGCCCAACAUCCGAGACAUCUUCGGCAUCAUCGGAGCCACGACCGCCCCGAGCCUGAUCUUCAUUCUGCCAUCGCUCUUUUACCUGCGCAUCGUCCCUGUGGACCAGGAGCCUCUCAACUCCAGGCCCAAGAUCCAGGCUUCUUGUUUCAUGGCUCUGGGGUUCGUGUUCAUGGUCAUGAGCAUGUCCUUCAUUGUGAUGGACUGGGUGUACGGGGAGAACAGGAGUGGGGGUGGGCACUAGGAUGCCGAACAGGGAUGGCAAACCCUCGCUCCCCCUCCACAUCCCGCCCCCUUGUGGCCUGCCGUAAGGUGCCCCCUUGAAAGGCUGGUCCGCACCCUUCCCAAUCUUAAGAUGAUGUCACAGUCUCCUGAGGAGACCUGGUGGACUGUUCGAUGAGUACAGUGAAGCCCCCCCCCCCCCCCCACCUCCAGCAAGAGACUCAAACCCGGGUCUCUUUGCUUGUGUGGACGCGCCUCAGAUGGGUGUGGCUUCCCCACAAGGCCGCAAUCCCAUUGGCUGCAGAGGCUCCACUACCCUGGCCCCCAGCUCCAUCAGCUCAUUAUGAUGUAAAAUGAGAGAAAGUAUACUUUUGAAUUUCACAAAGGGAGAGAAUCCCCCAGACCCGCCUGCCCCCUCGCCCCUCUCCUUCCAGAAUGUUCCAGUGUAGUGUGUGGCUACGCUGACCAGUUGUUUGUUCCCCAAUCAGACGUUAAAGUUUAACCCCAGACCUGAAGCCAAGGUACAACCUGAGCCAAUUUCGGCAUCCAUUUUAGAGAAGCACAUGUCAAAGAGGAACAGAGGAAUCCAGUGCAGAAAAAGAAGAAAGUAUGAAUUUAUUUGUUAAAUGUUAUUUAUAUUUUAUCUUGCAGCUUCGCAAUGAUCUUGAAAAAGUGCCUUUCAGAUGUAUUUAUUGUUUUUUGCUGUUAGCUGUCACCAUGCAGCCAGAAGGAAAUGGUUCAUGGGGUUUAGAGUCAGUCACACCACUUGAAUAAAGAUGUAUAAACAAUAGAAUGCUGAACAUGAUAUCCAGGGUUGUGUUUAUUUAGCUUUUUACAGCCUCAGUUGGAUGGGUUAUUGUGCUCUUAUUGCAGUCAAUAGGAAUAUGAAUAUGGUUAUGAAUAUAGACAUUUAAAACAGGUUGCUGCAAUGUCCCAUGAAACCUGCAUGGUUUAAGGUGCCUGUGUGAUCCACUCCACCUUUCUCUGGCCUCAUAUCACUGAGGCAGUGCCCCCAGUGGGCGGAGGACUGAAUAGCAGUUCUCACUUCUCCACCGUAAUUACCCAUACCACCAGCAGGGGGGGGUCAGCGGUUCUGCCAUUUCCUUGUCGGUCUGUCAGUUUUGUCUCUGUCUAUGGUGUUAGGCUGGGCUGAGGUUGCUAAGUGUCUGUGCCAUUGGUGAUAGAAGGUCAUAAGAGCAAUGAUGGCUUCAGGUCUAAAUUAAUCCACUGCUAUUCAGAGACAGGAAGUCGAGAGGUGGUACUGACGUGUAAGUGGAAUGAGAGAGCACGGCUGUGGUGGCCGCUGCGUGAGUUCUGAAUUUAAUCACCCCAGGACUGAGGAACACGACAAUACUGUUGUUCUUCACAUAUGUUUUUUUUUUUUUUUUCAUUUUCCAUUUAACAACUAUAUUUUUAUGUGAUGGUUCAAUGCUGUUUCUAAUAAAGGCAAAAGGUGUCAAUUUC